GCAGGCGAGCUUCGCCAUUCCUGCCUGCAAUUUAGAUGUAGAAGGCGUGGAGGCCCAGGAGCUGGUGGAGCUGUAUCAUGUAAGUCACCUGGCUCAUCACGUGAAGGAAAGCUGCCCUCCAACGAGGAACACCUGCCUUGGAAUAUUAUUUCCUGUUCAAGAUGGCAACGCAGGAGGCUGCUGAACUCACCUCCUCCCACGGACUCACGGAAUCUCCAGAUACAUAUGGAAGAGUUUCCUCUGAAAAAAAACCCUCCAAAACUAGCUGAGUGACCCCUACGCAUCGAGAGAAUGAGAAAAAACUCACACGGAAGCAGAAGAUGAGGACAGACUUCCAGCUCUGCGUGACCAUCUCACAAGUACCACGCUGGUCCAAUUUAUGGAGGAUAUCAUGCUAAUAGGACUUGGUGAUCACCUGAGCCCGUCUCAAGCCCCCAUCCCCACCCCAGUCCCUUGAGGGUCCUUCCAAGGCUUCUGCUGAUGCUUCUUCUUGGCUGAUGUCAACCAAGAUGACCAACCUGCUUGUUAUGGUGUUUUCUAACUGUGCAAGUAAGCUUAGCCACUGUGUUGAGCAACCUAAAAACCCCAGGAACGUAACAUCCUGGAGCAGCCCUCCAACAAUGACAGUGGGCAGUGGGUGGAUAAACCUGGCAGCCUCCUUGCUCCUCAGUUGGAUUAGCUCUGGGACACAUUCUUCGUCAUCUCCGAGUUCCCCUGAGGGACUGAGUUCCAGUUGUCCUGUCUGGUAGAACUGCACGUCCAUCUGGAUGGAGCCAUCAAGCCUGAAACCAUCUUAUAUUAUGGCAGGAAGCGGGGCAUCGCCCUCCCUGCCAACACACCAGAGGAGCUGCAGGACAUCAUCGGCAUGGACAAGCCGCUCAGCCUCCCGGGCUUCCUGGCCAAGUUCGACUACUACAUGCCCGCCAUCGCUGGCUGCAAUGUCCUAGGCUCUGUCCUUGGCUGAGGGAUCAUAGCCGCGACGAGACAGAUGGAGGGGUCCUUGUCUCAUGGAGACUACAUUCUAGUUGGGGAGGUGAAAACCAGCUAAUAAAGACACCAUGUGAUCUGUGAUGUCGAGUGGUGAUAAGGGCCAUGGAGAAAACUGAAGCCCAGGAGAAGAGGUGAAAAAGGGUGAGGAGAUGUUUUAAAAUAAGGUGGUCAGGGAAGGCUUCCUUGAGGAGGUGAGGCUGGAGCUGGGCUCUGAAUGGAGGGAGGAGGGAGCAUAGGGUGAUCUGGGUGAAAAGCCUGCAGGCUGGGGCACUGCAAACACGAAGGCCCUGACCUGGGAACAAGCUUGAUUGUUCGCUGGACAGAAAGAAGACCCCAGAGGAGUCAUGGAAGGAGCGGGAGACUGGCAGGGGCCCGGAUUACGCAGGCCUUGUUGGGGGGUUGGGGGGUGGGGUUGAGACUUACUCUACGAGGUGGGAGGCACUAGGGUUCAGAGUGGCGGAGUGAUGUUCUUUGAUUUCCUUUUUUUUUUUUUUGGCCACGCUGCACAGCUUGUGGGAUUUUAGUGCCCCAACCAGGGACUGAACCCGGGCCCUGAGCAGUGAGAGUGUGAAGUCCUAACCACUGGACUGCCAGGGAAUUCCCUCUUUGAUUUCCAUUUUGAAAAGAUUGAGCUAGCUGCUCUACAGGGGCAAGCGUGGAGACCAGGAGGCCAGUUAGAGAGGUGAGGUGGUUAGAACCAGGGCGGAGGGGGUGAGAAUUGGCAUCCAGUUUGGAAGUAGAGCUGACAGGACGUGCUGUGCCUCUAGGAUUUUCUCCAGCAGAUGCCCAGAGCUUUGGGCUGGGUGAUGAGAGACUGGGGGGCCACACGUGGGUUUGAUCUGCUAUGGGCAGGGGGCAGCUUUGUUAUUCCUGGAGCUCCCAAGGGACUUGGGGCAGUUUGUCCCCAGCCCCUCUCUGCCCUUCCCAGGGGCUGCCGGGAGGCCAUCAAAAGGACUGCCUACGAGUUUGUGGAGACGAAGGCCAAGGAGGGCGUGGUGUACGUGGAGGUGCGCUACAGCCCGCACCUGCUGGCCAACUCCAACGUGGAGCCGAUCCCCUGGAACCAGGCUGAAGGGGACCUCACCCCGGAUGAGGUGGUGCGCCUAGUGGGCCAGGGCCUGCAAGACGGAGAGCGAGACUUCGGGGUGAAGGUGCGGUCCAUCCUGUGCUGCAUGCGCCACCAGCCCAGCUGGUCCCCCGAGGUGGUGGAGCUGUGUAAGAAGUACCGGCAGCAGACCGUGGUGGCCAUUGACCUGGCUGGAGAUGAGAGCAUCCAAGGCAGCAGCCUCUUCCCUGAACACGUGAAGGCCUACGCGGAGGCCGUGGAGAGCGGCAUCCACCGCACGGUCCACGCCGGGGAGGUGGGCUCGGCCCAGGUGGUGAGAGAGGCCGUGGACACGCUCAAGACCGAGAGGCUGGGGCACGGCUACCACACCCUGGAGGACCCGGUCCUUUACAACAGGCUGCGGCAGGAAAACAUGCACUUCGAGGUCUGCCCCUGGUCCAGCUACCUCACAGGCGCCUGGAAGCCAGGCACGGAGCAUGCAGUCGUUCGGUUCAAAAACGACCAGGCUAACUACUCCCUCAACACGGAUGACCCACUCAUCUUCAAGUCCACCCUGGACACUGAUUACCAGAUGACCAAACAGGACAUGGGCUUCACUGAAGAGGAGUUUAAGAGACUGAACGUCAAUGCGGCGAAGUCCAGCUUCCUCCCAGAAGAUGAGAAGAGGGAGCUUCUUGAUCUGCUCUAUAAAGCCUAUGGGAUGCCACCUUUGGCCUCUGCAGGUAUGUUUCUGACUGAGCUGCUGGGCUGGUGCCCUGCCCUGGCUCCCACCUGGCUUUCCGGGGACUUGUAGCAAGAUGCCCUCCCUUCCUCUCCUGGGCAGUACCAGGGAUGCGUGAUGACUCCCUGGCUGGUGGUCCUCCCUCACUGGACAGGCUCACUUUCUGCAUAAUGCUGUCUUGAGGCUGGUCUGAGGAGGAGACUUUCUCAAGCCCACUCCCAAGGUCUUGGCAACUUGGGGCAUCUCCAGGGCUGCCCAAAGCCAAGGGCAGGGAGUUGAGCCCAGGGUGCAGCUAGGUUCUGCUUCCUUCCUUCCUGUGUGGCCUUGACAGAGCCUUUCCUUGUUCCAAGCCUCAGUCUCCCCAUCUGUAGAAAGGGGUUCCUCUCUGGCUCUGGUGUUCUGUGAUUUUUUUUUUUUUUUUUAUGUCCUGGGUACUACAAGUUGCCUAAUCUUUCUGCUUCCUUUACUUGGCAAGCAGGGCAGCGUCCCUGAAGACAUCGUGGCCACCUCUCAGAGUCCUCACCCUGUGGAUGGAGUCUUCACAACUCUGGGGUUAAUCGACAGGCUUCCCUUUACUCCUUCCAGGGAGACUAUGAUUUCCAGAGUCAGCUACUGAUGCUCGUGAAGCCCACGUGCCUGUUUCUGUACACACAUACACCUCUGCCUGGCCGUGUCUCUCCUCUGAUUGUGUGCCCAGGCCAGGAUCAGGGCCUGUGGCUGGUUGAAUCUGAAUCCCUCCUCCUAUGGUGACUCGUGCUGAAAAUCUGGUGCUUAAUAAAGAAACCAAUGGCUGGGGUUGUGCA